AUGAAGCACCUUUCCCUUGCAACUCUUCUCCUCUCCCUCUCCGGCUCUCUCACAGCAGCCUGGAAUGUCACCGCAUACAGCAACACCGACUGCACCGGCUACCUGACCUGCUUGACGGGGGAACAGGACUGGGGCUGCUACUGGCUCACGGGCGUCACCGAGCCCAUUCAAUCCCUGAGCGCCGAGGACCUUCCGGACGGAUGGAGGUUCAUUGGAUCGAGUGGCACUGCCUGCGACACCUGGCAUCAGUCCGGAGGAGACGGAUGUUACACUCAGAGCCAGGGAUUUCAGUCGUUUGAGAUUAUUGGGUCGAGCAGUUGA